AUGGCUCGCAACUCAGAAAAGGCGCAGUCCAUGCUCUUUCGCUUCCGCGCAGCACAAGCCGCCGAAUCAGGGCUACUGCCCAGCUCUUCACUCCGCCGGCCCAAAGCCCCCAGCACGGUCAGCACGAUCCCGCUAUGCGAAAAAUGGCGCGGCCAGAUAUUAAAAGAGGUGUCUCGAAAAGUGACAAAGAUCCAGGACGAAAGUCUGUCCGACUUCCAAGUGCGGGAUCUCAACGAUGAGAUCAAUAAGCUCAUGAAGGAGAAGUGGGGAUGGGAGAGGAGAAUCAGAGAGCUUGGUGGCCCAAACUACAUGCGAGGUGGAGGAACAGUAUUCGAUGAUCAAGGACGAGAAGUCCCGGGUGGCGGUAAGGGUUACAGGUACUUCGGGAGGGCGAGGGAGCUACCUGGUGUGAAAGAAAUGUUUGAAAGAGCUGCAAAGCGAAGGGCGCAUGGAGAUGAGGACGAUGAGAAACCGCGGGCUGGUCAAGACAUCAGCCGUAAGAAUCUCGAUGCAACAUAUUUCGGGUUCGGACUCGAUGAAGAGGACGGCACUCUGCUGAAGUACGAGAGGAGGAAAGAGAAAGAGGCUGUGGAAAGGAUCACUCAUUCUGCAGAGGGCGAUCAGUCUGAUGAGCACUGGGAACCUUUGCCUGGAGAUGCAGGAGACGGAGUACAAUGGCGACUGCCGACUCUCGAAGAGGUUCAAGAUGAACUAGUGGAUCGUAGGCGGCGGCAGCUACUCGACAAACUGGUAUGA